AUGAUCCACGCGCGUCCUCGUGGGUCGAAAGGUUUGGUGGUCAAGAUGGAUGACAGGACCAACCACCGUUUCUUUGAUAAUUUUUUUUAUGUGCGGACCGAGCAUCUUGUGGCGGACCCGACUGGGUUUCCGGUAGUGUGGAAUUUUGCCCCCGAGAAGGCGCCACCGCCUCCUUUGGUGGGGAUCCCGGAAUGGGUCGAGGCCAUCCUUCCUCAUACAGCGGGAGUUCGUACGUGGGCGACGUUUCAUCGGAGAUUCGGGCGUAGGCCCCUUACAGGGAGGGUUCACAGAGUUAGGGCCCCUCAGUUGGCGUUCCGUCGCCCGGCUGCAUCCGCUCGUAUCAGUGCGGGACCCUCAGCUCGUCCUUCAUCGAGGGCGGCGUCUGUGGAGUCAGUGGCCUUUACCACUCCCACCCAGACUAUGUCUCGGGAUGAGGGUCCAUCUGGCGUCGUUCGUCCUCAAGCUGACUCGCCGUCGACCGGGGAGGAAGAAGGGCCGUUGAAGAGGCGGAGGGUUGGUUUCGAGAUGGCUCCUCCGACAGUAAUCAACUUGGAUUAUCCCCCGGCGAACCCAGAGGAAGGAGUUGCAGCAGCAUCUACCGCCGAAGGGGAACGGAUCGUCGGAGCCGCUCCCGUUAGCCAGGGCCAGGAGGGAUCUGCUGCUACUGCAGCCCGAUCGAGAGUUCUCGCUUUAGAUGUCGCAGAACAUCUCAUUGUAGCGGAGGAUCGUUCCCCUAAUGCUGCCGUCGCGACCUUGAGUGCGCCACUAUCAUCUUCGGCAGCGGAGAGGGGGAAGAGUGCAAUGGUCGAUGAAUACGAGUCAGAGUCUGACUUGGACCCUGAUGACGUUUGGAUGUUCGAGGAAGGCAUUACCCACUCGGUGGUCAAUGCAGGGGGGUCGGCCCGCCUCGUUGAGAUUCCUGCCGACGUGAACUUGUUGACUCAAGGGGGCAGCCUGGUACCUCAAUUCAGUCUACCGUGUUCUGAGGCUGAGAAUGAGUCCCUGAGGAGUGUUUCGGAUGUCGAAGUGAUGGACGAGGUGGCUGUGAUGGGCUUACGGACGUACAUGUUGGAGUUAGAGAACAUUCGUAGGGCCAAUGUCCGGUCGGGGAUCUUUUUGCAGAUGUUGGGAAAAUACCGUCGCUAUCGCGAUAGGUGUCGCGAGUUGCAUGAACGGUUAAGAAAUGAUCCCCGCAACCGGGCAUUGGGCGAAGAGCUGGAGAGGAAGGACCGUGAACUGGCGCAGGUGCUCCGCAGCAGGAGUGAGCUCAAAGAGCAAAUCCGUCUCAAGGAAGAGGAGCUCGAGGCCAGAGCUGCGGAGGUCGACUCUGAAUGGAGAGUGAAGCUGGCUGCACUGGAAGGUAAGGUCGCCGAUUUGGAACGCGUGGAGAGGGAUGCUUCUACGAGGGCGGCGGCCUUCGAGGCGGCGGUCCGUGUUCAUGAAUCCGAGCGAGAGUCGGAGAGGACUACUGCGGCCCUCAGAGAGGCGAGGCUUGAGGAGCGGAUCAGUGAGAUUGAUCAGGAGGCCCAGGUAUUGUCGGAUCGGGUGGCGGCCUUGGAGGAGGAGAAUCAGCGGCUGAGGGCCCUGGUCGGACCGUCCCGUGCUGCUGCUCCUCGCCAGGCUCAUGAACUCUGGGUUUACAUUGAGGCUCAGCGUGACAUUUUCAAGAACUUGUUGGAAGCGGGCAUCGUGUCUGAGGCGGCUUUCGAGGAGGCACGCCAGAAAGCUCGUGAGGCUCGAGUCAACUGCGGAUAUGAUGUGGCGACGCCCGAAGCCGAUGGUGGUGCAAGUGGCGAUGAUGAUAGUCCUUAUGGAAGUGAUGAUGGCGACGGCGAUAUUGGCGCCGAGUGA